GCCGAAACCCCGCACUGCGCCCCGCAGCUCCAGCAUGUCCUCGACGGAGAACCCCGGCCGCACGUCGGACAAGUCCCAGCGUCCGCAGGUGGACCGCCUGCUUGUGGGGCUGCGCUGGCGGCGCCUGGAGGAGCCGCUGGGCUUCAUCAAAGUCCUCCAGUGGCUCUUUGCUAUUUUCGCCUUCGGGUCCUGCGGCUCUUACAGCGGGGAGACGGGAGCCAUGGUUCGGUGCAACAACGAAGCCAAGGAUGUGAGCUCCAUCAUUGUUUUGUUCGGCUAUCCCUUCAGGUUGCACCGGGUCCAGUAUGAGAUGCCUCUCUGUGAUGAAGACUCCACCUCCAAAACCAUGCACCUCAUGGGAGACUUCUCUGCCUCCGCGGAGUUCUUUGUGACCCUGGGCAUCUUUUCCUUCUUCUACACAAUGGCUGCCCUCGUCCUCUACCUGCGCUUCCACAACCUCUACACAGAGAACAAACGCUUCCCACUGGUGGAUUUCUGUGUGACUGUCUCCUUCACCUUCUUCUGGCUGGUUGCUGCAGCUGCCUGGGGCAAGGGCUUGACUGAUGUCAAAGGGGCCACACGGCCAUCCAGCCUGACUGCAGCCAUGUCCGUGUGUCAUGGAGAGGAUGCAGUAUGCAGUGCCGGGGCCACACCCUCCAUGGGGCUAGCUAACAUCUCUGUGCUCUUCGGCUUUAUCAACUUCUUCCUGUGGGCUGGAAACUGUUGGUUUGUGUUCAAAGAGACACCAUGGCAUGGACAGGGCCAGGACCAGGGCCAGGGCCAGGGCCCCAGCCAGGAGAGUGCUGCAGAACAAGGGGCGGUGGAGAAGCAGUAAACAUCUGGCUACUCCAGAACUGGACAGCACCUCUUCAUCUCCUCUGCCUUCCACAGGACCCUCCUCCUCCAACUCCCUUCCCCCACUAUUCUGGGCUUUGAGAUUUGAGAUGAUGGAUGGGUAGGCAUCAGCUAUUGGUAACCUGGGCAGCCCUCUACUGGCUUCCUAAUCCCUCAU